AUGGCGCUAAACGUUAUAAAGAUAUCCCGAAUCCGCCCCGCGACGGACUCGUCCCGUGACUCGGUCGAGUCGCUAGUCAUACCACUCACGUUUUUCGACUUGCGGUGGGUACGAUCACAUCCCACACAGAAAGUCAUCUUCUACAAACUCUCAGGGCCAGAGUCAUCCCGAGAGUGUUUCCACGCCGUGAUUCUCCCGAAGCUCCAGCUCUCUCUUUCCCUCGUCCUCCGUCACUAUAUCCCUCUCGCCGGUCGACUCACUUGGUGGGCUCCAGAAGAUCCUAAGCCGCGCAUCGUCGUCUCCGAUGAAAGCACUGUCUCGCUGGUCGUGGCUGAGACGGACGCGGAUUUCUCCGGCGUUUCCGGCAAAGGGUUACGUCACCAGUCCGAGUUACGAGUCCUGGUUCCCGAGUUAUCCAUUUCCCGUGACUCGGCGACUCUGAUUUCUCUGCAGAUCACGUUGUUUCCUACCAAAGGAUUCUCCAUAGGAACAUCAGAACACCACGUCGUUCAAGACGCCACUGGAUCAUCAAUGUUCAUCAAAUCGUGGGCUCACAUCUGCAAAUCACAGGAAAUCGGAACCAUGACUCUACCGGAAGAAUUAUCUCCGGUUAUCGAUCGUACGAUCGUCGAAGUUCCGGCUAAUCUCGAAUCGAAGAUCUUAGAAUCCCAAUCGUAUUUUUCAGAUGAAAUAAAUGGGAAGCGAACCUUGAACAUGCCUCCGAUAGGAAAGAUUGGCUCCGAUUUCGUCCGAUUCACACUCCAGCUAACUCAGGAGCACAUCGUGAAGCUCAAGGAGCGAGUCAACAGUGAGUCAACUCGUCGCGAUCUUCACUUGUCAACGUUCGUCGUCGCCAACGCAUACAUGUGGAGCUGCAUGGUGAAGGCGCGUGGAGGCGACGCGGAAAGACCGGUGGUUUUCAUGUACGCAGCAGAUUUCCGAAACCGGUUGAACCGGUCGGUUCCCGAGAAUUACUUUGGAAACUGCGUCUUCCCAAUAGGUUGCUUCGGAUACGAAGCGAAGACAUUUUUGGGAGAAGAUGGAUUUGUCAAUGCCGUCGAGAUUCUCUCCGGUUCGGUCAAAAGUUUGGGUUCACGAGGGAUUGAAUCGCUUUGCGACAUGUACAUUGAUGGAAUGGAGAGUAUGAAAAUUGGUACUCAGGUCGAAUCGGUUUCUGGGUCGAACUGGAUUGGGAUAUACGAGUCAGAUUUCGGGUGGGGAAGACCGGUUAACAAUGAGAUGGUGUCCAUUGACCGGUAUACGGCUUUCACAAUGUCGAAGAGGAGGGAUGAGACCGGUGGUGUGGAGAUCGGUUUGUGUUUGACCAAAACUGAGAUGGAUAUUUUCAUUUCUUUAUUCAAAAAUGAUUUUUAA